GUGAGUUGUCUUACAAAACCUCUCCACUUUUCUCUGGUGGGUGAUGCAACAAUGGCCUUGAGAAAACCAGGAAGUGUGUUUGUGGUCUUUCUCUUGUCAAUGGCAGCAAAUACAGCAACAAGGUGUGGACAACAAAGCCAGGUGAUGGUGCCUCCCACCAACGUAGUAAAGGGACAGGAGGUGACACUGACCUGUAGCAACACCUGUACUCUGAGUGACAACCCCAACCCCACCUACAUCUGGUACAAGAAUGGACAUCGUCUAGAUAAGCACAUUUCCCAACAAUAUCGUAUCCACAUUUACUCUUCAGACAUUUACUCCUGUGCUGUAAAAGGCCAUGAGGAUCUCCUCUCUCCUGCAGUGUGUGUUCAUGGUCUGAGCUGUUUGAAUGUGACUUACACCAAGAGGAGUAUCUGUGCCUUGAAGGGGUCAACAGUGGACAUUACCUGCACGUAUAGACAUCCCAGCUGGCAUAACGUCACAGAAGUAUCCUGGUUCAACAAAUGGGAGUCUGGAGUUACUGCAGAUCUAAGCCAGGACCCAGAAUAUGCAGGUCGUGUGAAGUACCAACCAACUACAGACAAGGACUCCACCCUGAGAAUCACAGACCUGAGAGAGAGUGACUCUGCUGAAUAUAAGUUUAGAUUUACAACAACUGCGGUAAAAUGGGGAUACAGCUUCCCUGGAAUAACUCUGAUUGUCACAGACCUGCAGGUGAAGGAGACUCCUGGCACAGAGGAAGGGAAGGUGACACUGACCUGUAGCACCACCUGUACUCUAACUGACAACCCCACCUACAUCUGGUACAAGAACGGACAACUUCUCACCAACCCAAACACCCAAGAUAACUACCUCUACCUAGACCAAUUCAGCAGUGGGGACGCAGGCAGCUACUCCUGUAGUGUUGUAGGCUACGAGAAUCUCCGUUCUCCUGUUAUGUUCUUUGGGGAGCCAAAGUCUUUGAAGAAUGCAGUUGUAGGAAUCAUAGUGGUUAUUCUAAUUCUCAUACUCUGUCUUUUUGGGUUCAUGUGGUUCAGGAAGAAGGCGUCCAAAUCCACCUCUGACACAAGAGACAGCAGAGACACAGCAGAGAACUUAGGACAGUGAAUACACACCCAUGAAACCCAGGUGGAAAAAGGCUACCUAAGUAUGAUUAGAGACAAAUAACGACACCUGCCUCUGAUUGAGAACCAUACCAGGCCAAACUCAAAAACCA